AUGGAGAACUCCGAGAAGAUCACCAAGGAGACCGUCCAGUCUGACGCCGAAAAGUCGGCUGAGCAGACCCCUCGUACCGUCAUCCCCAUGGACACCAGCCAGUACCACAAGAACUUAGAGAUGCAGUCCCUGCUCAUCAAGAAGAUGAUCCGCAACGUCGCCGGGUUGAACCACACCAGCCCUUACGUCAAGAUCGAGUCCAACUACGAAGUCGACGUUGUCCCUAAGCAUCUCACUGUGGUCGAAGCUCGUGAAAUGAUGCAGAGACACAUGGUCGCUUACCAUGACGCCUCAAGACUCACCAAUCUCAACAACGAAAACGAGUCCAAGGAAAAGGAAAAGGGAAAAGAGAAGGUCUUCGAGACUGUCUCCUCCUCUGACGAGACCGAUGAGGUGUGUUCUGACUCUGCAUCAACUCAGACCAAGACACCCAUCGAUCCUUCUCAAGAGAGCAUCGAGAAGGCCGAAGUUGUCAAGGAACUUGAGGUCGUCACGGUCGAAGACCUGGAGAAGAGGUUGGCCGAAUCUGCUCGCUUCGCUGACGACAUGGAGGCCAAGUUGCGCGCUAUCGUGAGGAGAAAUAGGAAGCACAUCGGUCUGUCGGAGUAA